UUCUCUCCUGCUCCCUGCAAUUAACUGCCACGAAAUCCUCUCGUCGGCAGCAGGAGAAAAACGCUAUAGAGGCGCCGCCAACAGCUCGCCUCCCCCUUUUGAUUCGCUCCCCGUUCGCCGAUAUUACAGCUCAUUCCUUCCUACCAUGCCUUCAAUUGCAAUGGUGAACCAGUCGUCGGAGUCCGCUGACAAGAAGGAGAAGAGAAUGAAGAAAAUCGCUCUCGACGGAUUGGAAUCCGAGUCGGUGAAGAGUAAGAAGAAGAGCUCGAAGGUCUCUGAUCAGGAAGAGGACGGGUAUUCGGAGAAGAAGGAGAAGAAGAAGAAGGACAAAAAGAAGAGGAAGGCUGCGGAGAUCGAGAGCGAUGACGAGGAGAGGAGUGAGACGAGCUCGGAGCUGGGCGAGCCGGUGAAUUUGAAGUCGGAGAAGAAGGGUGAUAAGGGUAAGAAGGCGAAGGUUUCCGGCGGCGGCGAGGAAGAAGAAGAAGAGGAGGACGGUGAGGUUGAGGAGAUGAAGCCGGAGGAUCCUAACGCUGUGGCCAAUUUCCGCAUAUCGGAGCCGCUGAAGAUGAAGCUCAAGUCCAGGGGGAUUGAGGCGUUGUUCCCUAUUCAGGCGAGAACGUUUGAUGAUGUCUUCGAUGGUUGUGAUUUGGUCGGCAGGGCUCGUACUGGCCAGGGAAAGACGCUUGCUUUUAUAUUGCCCCUGUUGGAGUCUCUAGUUAACGGGCGUGCGAAAGCUUCCAGGAAGAUGGGAUAUGGCAGGCCACCGAGUGUUCUUGUCCUUCUACCUACGAGGGAGUUGGCCGUUCAGGUUUUUGAGGACUUUAAGGUCUAUGGCGAGGCAAUGGGUCUGACAUCUUGCUGUUUAUACGGUGGUUCUCCUUACAACCCCCAAGAAUCCAGUUUAAAAAGAGGGGUGGAUAUAGUGGUUGGAACACCUGGGCGCAUUAAGGAUCACAUUGAGCGGGGCAAUAUCAAUUUUAGCUCCUUGGUAUUCCGGGUCCUUGAUGAAGCUGAUGAAAUGCUCAGAAUGGGGUUUGUAGAGGAUGUGGAGCUUAUCCUAGGAAAAGUGGAAGAUGUCUCUAAAGUCCAGACACUUCUGUUCAGUGCUACCCUGCCUGAAUGGGUUAAACAUAUUGCUUCGAAGUUCCUUAAACCGUCCAAGAAAACCAUAGAUCUUGUUGGCAAUGAGAAGAUGAAGGCUAGUACCAAUGUAAGACACAUUGUCCUUCCAUGUUCUGCAUCGGCUAUACCUCAGUUAAUCCCAGAUGUCAUCCGCUGUUACAGCAGUGGUGGCCGUACUAUCAUUUUCACUGAGAAGAAGGAUACUGCUAAUCAACUUGCGGGCUUAUUGCCUGGGGCUCGUCCUUUGCAUGGUGACAUACAACAAUCUCAACGAGAGGUGACUCUUUCUGGGUUUAAGUCUGGCAAGUUCAUGACACUUGUUGCAACAAAUGUGGCUGCAAGGGGAUUGGAUAUCAAUGAUGUUCAAUUGAUCAUCCAGUGUGAACCUCCUCGCGAUGUUGAAGCUUAUAUUCAUCGAUCAGGACGUACAGGAAGAGCAGGCAAUACUGGGGUAGCUGUGAUGCUCUUUGAUCCUAGAAGGGCCAACAUUUCCAAGAUACAGAGGGAAGCCGGUAUAAAAUUUGAACAUGUAGCUGCACCUCAAGCUGCUGAUAUUGCCCAAUCUGUGGGUCUACAGGCAGCUCAGACGAUAACCAAGGUUUCAGACAGUGUGAUCCCUGCUUUUAAGGCUGCAGCUGAGGAACUUUUGAAUUCUUCUGGUAUGUCAGCUGUGGAUCUCCUUGCUAAAGCACUGGCAAAGGCUUCUGGUUAUACCGAGAUCAAGACUAGAUCACUUCUGAGUUCCAUGGAGAACCAUGUUACUCUUCUUCUUGAGGCCGGAAAACCAUUCUAUUCUCAAUCGUAUGCUUAUAGUACGCUGAAGAGAUUCUUGCCGGAGGCUAAGGUCGAGUCAGUGAAAGGGUUUUCACUCACACUUGACGGGCAAGGUGCCGUCUUUGAUGUGGCAGCGGAGGAUGUUGACACCUUCCUCGCUGGGGCGGAAAAUGCAGCUAACGUGAGCUUGGAGGUUGUGAAGACAUUGCCUCCCCUACAAGAAAGAGACCAGUCCAGGCCAAGAUUCGGUGGUGGCGGCGGUGGAGGCCGUGGGUAUGGUGGUGGCCAGGGUGGUGGCGGGUUCAGAUUUGGUGGCAGAGGUGGUGGCGGCAGAGGAGGUGGUGGUCGAGGUGGUUCCGGCGGUGGGUGGAGAGGUUCUUCGAAGAAAUGCUCAUUCCUUCCUACCAUGCCUUCAAUUGCAAUGGUGAACCAGUCGUCGGAGUCCGCUGACAAGAAGGAGAAGAGAAUGAAGAAAAUCGCUCUCGACGGAUUGGAAUCCGAGUCGGUGAAGAGUAAGAAGAAGAGCUCGAAGGUCUCUGAUCAGGAAGAGGACGGGUAUUCGGAGAAGAAGGAGAAGAAGAAGAAGGACAAAAAGAAGAGGAAGGCUGCGGAGAUCGAGAGCGAUGACGAGGAGAGGAGUGAGACGAGCUCGGAGUUGGGCGAGCCGGUGAAUUUGAAGUCGGAGAAGAAGGGUGAUAAGGGUAAGAAGGCGAAGGUUUCCGGCGGCGGUGAGGAAGAAGAAGAAGAGGAGGACGGUGAGGUUGAGGAGAUGAAGCCGGAGGAUCCUAACGCCGUGACCAAUUUCCGCAUAUCGGAGCCGCUGAAGAUGAAGCUCAAGUCCAGGGGGAUUGAGGCGUUGUUCCCUAUUCAGGCGAGAACGUUUGAUGAUGUCUUCGAUGGUUGUGAUUUGGUCGGCAGGGCUCGUACUGGCCAGGGAAAGACGCUUGCUUUUAUAUUGCCCCUAUUGGAGUCUCUAGUUAACGGGCGUGCGAAAGCUUCCAGGAAGAUGGGAUAUGGCAGGCCACCGAGUGUUCUUGUCCUUCUACCUACGAGGGAGUUGGCGGUUCAGGUUUUUGAGGACUUUAAGAUCUAUGGCGAGGCAAUGGGUUUGACAUCUUGCUGUUUAUACGGUGGUUCUCCUUACAACCCCCAAGAAUCCAGUUUAAAAAGAGGGGUGGAUAUAGUGGUUGGAACACCUGGGCGCAUUAAGGAUCACAUUGAGCGGGGAAAUAUAAAUUUUAGCUCCUUGGUAUUCCGGGUCCUUGAUGAAGCUGAUGAAAUGCUCAGAAUGGGGUUUGUAGAGGAUGUGGAGCUUAUCCUAGGAAAAGUGGAAGAUGUCACUAAAGUCCAGACACUUCUGUUCAGUGCUACCCUGCCUGAAUGGGUUAAACAUAUUGCUUCGAAGUUCCUUAAACCGUCCAAGAAAACCAUAGAUCUUGUUGGUAAUGAGAAAAUGAAGGCUAGUACCAAUGUAAGACACAUCGUCCUUCCAUGUUCUGCAUCGGCUAUACCUCAGUUGAUCCCUGAUGUCAUCCGCUGUUACAGCAGUGGUGGCCGUACUAUCAUUUUCACUGAGAAGAAGGAUACUGCUAAUCAACUUGCGGGGUUAUUGCCUGGGGCUCGUCCUUUGCAUGGUGACAUACAACAAUCUCAACGAGAGGUGACUCUUUCUGGGUUUAAGUCUGGCAAGUUCAUGACACUUGUUGCAACAAAUGUGGCUGCAAGGGGAUUGGAUAUCAAUGAUGUUCAAUUGAUCAUUCAGUGUGAACCUCCACGCGAUGUUGAAGCUUAUAUUCAUCGAUCAGGACGUACAGGAAGAGCAGGCAAUACUGGGGUAGCUGUGAUGCUCUUUGAUCCUAGAAGGGCCAACAUUUCCAAGAUACAGAGGGAAGCUGGUAUAAAAUUUGAACAUGUAGCUGCACCUCAAGCUGCUGAUAUUGCUCAAUCUGUGGGUCUACAGGCAGCUCAGACGAUAACCAAGGUUUCAGACAGUGUGAUCCCUGCUUUUAGGGCUGCAGCUGAGGAACUAUUGAAUUCUUCUGGUAUGUCAGCUGUGGAUCUCCUUGCUAAAGCAUUGGCAAAGGCUUCUGGUUAUACCGAGAUCAAGACUAGAUCACUUCUGAGUUCCAUGGAGAACCAUGUUACGCUUCUUCUUGAGGCUGGAAAACCAUUCUAUUCUCAAUCGUAUGCUUAUAGUACGCUGAAGAGAUUUUUGCCGGAGGCGAAGGUUGAGUCAGUGAAGGGGUUCUCACUCACACUUGACGGGCAAGGUGCCGUCUUUGAUGUGGCAGCAGAGGAUGUGGACACAUUCCUUGCUGGGGCGGAAAAUGCAGCUAACGUGAGCUUGGAGGUUGUGAAGACAUUGCCUCCCCUACAAGAAAGAGACCAGUCCAGGCCAAGAUUUGGCGGCGGCGGUGGAGGCCGUGGGUAUGGUGGUGGCCAGGGUGGUGGCGGGUUCAGAUUUGGUGGCAGAGGUGGUGGCGGAGGCAGAGGAGGUGGUGGUCGGGGUGGUUCCGGCGGUGGGUGGAGAGGUUCUUCGAAGAAAUGGUGAGCUCUAGUCCGAGUACAGGCUUUGACCCGUUUGAGUUCGACAUGUCAGGAGCAGGAGCUCGCGACCUGGAGUGCCGGGGGAUUAAUUGCUGAUGAUGACAACGAAAUCUUUCGAACUUAUUGUGCGUUUCUUGUCUUUAAAUUGGUUUGUAGCUGGCCAUUUUUAUUUUUUUUCUAAUUUUCUGGGGAUUUUUGAGCCUCUCCCCCUAUUUGUUGAGCAAUAUUCUGGUAAUGUAAGACGAAUAUCGAAGAAGUCUUAAUCUAAAUAUGAGAAGUAUUAUUAUUAGCUUUUAGUCUCUUCAUCACUUCAUGGACUGAAGUCGUAAACUGAAUCAGCAUCAGGUGAAGAGACGGAAAAGUCUAUUUUGCCUCAUCAAUUGCGUUGCAUGUCAUCUGAAGAGAAGAUUAUA